AUGAUGCCCACAAGUCCAUCGAAACGCGACAUGCGCGCUCACCCCCAUCAGAACCGCAAAGUACCUCCACGCCACGACGAAUACAACGUCGGGUGGAUAUGCGUCUUGCCUAUCGAGAUGGCAGUUGCGAAACUGAUGUUGGAUGAAAUACAUCCACCGUUGCCUAUGCCGCCAAACGAUCCCAAUACAUAUAUCCUUGGAAGGGUUGGAGAUCACAACGUCGUGAUUGCUUGUUUACCAGCUGGCACGUAUGGCUCUACGACAUCUGUAGCGCUAGAGAGGCAGGUAUCCUCUAGUUUUCCGGCCAUCCGCUUUUAUCUUUCAGUCGGAAUCGGUGGUGGCAUACCAAGCAGCAAAGCAGACAUUCGAUUAGGCGAUGUUGUAGUGAGCCAGCCGAUAGGCAAAUCUGGAGGGUUGAUCAGGUACGAUUUGGGUAAAGUAUUGAGCUGGGACGAAUCUUCACAUCAAGUCCCUGAGUUUCUGUCAACUGCUCUAGCUGCCCUCCAAGUGAAUCACAACCUGUCAGGGCGUAUGGGGGGUCACGUCGCCAGUUACCUUUCCGAUAUGCAGGAGAAACUUCCUCCUGCCGCCGCUGAAAAGUUCGCGCGGCCAGAAGAGGACUUUCUGUUCCAACCUGAAUAUGAACAUAUCGGAUUCGAUUCGUGUGCGGAUUGCGAUCGAUCCAAAUUAAUUUUACGACGUGAUCGAGAGCACGAAGAGCCUGUUAUUCACUAUGGAUCCAUUGCAUCUGGACCUCAGGUGAUGAAAAACGGCCAACUUCGAGACCGAAUUGGUCAGGAGCUGGGAGUACUUUGUUUUGAGCUAGAAGCCGCAGGUCUCCUGGAUAACCUUCCAUGUCUGGCCAUUCGAGGCAUAUCUGACUAUGCCGACUCUCACAAAAACACAGCAUGGCAAGGAUAUGCAGCAGCUGCGGCAGCGGCCUAUGCAAAGGAGCUUCUUUUGGUGGUUCCAGCCCUAGAGAAAAAAAUACACACUGCAUCCUUCUCCGUUCGUGCGAUGUCCCCGUCAAACCAAGCAAGAAGCACCGAUGCAAGUGGAUACAGCAAUCCAACCCCGGGAUGGAGUCGACAGAAGGAAAGUACCUUCAAUGCACCGCCAACAGAUUCCGGAUACGCUUCUACUACCCACCAGAAGGUUCUGCGCGGAGAAGAAUACCGUACAGAAUAUGUUCACGAUGUUCAAAGCAUAGUGUCUGGUGAGGAGAGAUUCUCUUCACCUCCGGCGGCAGCUAGCCCGAGAAAAGCAGAAGACUAUAGCGAAGACACCGAAUCUAUCUACACAGCUAGGUCUGGCAUUUCCCCUUCGGAUAAGGAGAGCUAUAUUUCCGAAUUGGUGAAUGAUUUGUUCAGAAAAGUCCAGUAUGAUCAAGAUGCCCAAAAUCUUCCGGAAAGAAUCCACGGCAUUCUUCCUCAACUUCUGAAAGCUUUUGCUAUGAGAUUUGGUCAAUUUGGCUCGACUCAGAUACACAGGGAUAUCAUGUAUCCUGACAGUGAAAUUGCGAAUGGGUUGAGAGUAAAAUACUUAGAAGAUCAGACUGAAACCCAUGUGUCAAGACAAGACGACACCAAAAUGGAAUUAGGCGACCUCAUGGAUCUCUGGGAUCAAAAUCUAGAGGAUGCAGAUGAUGAUCUUGCCAUCCCACAAUUCGACAGCGGGGCAGAGAAUUCAGACAGUGACGAAGAUAUACUGAUUGAAGACGAUGAGAAUCUCCCUGAAUAUGCGACCUAUAGGAAGUUAAUCACCGGCAGCCCAGUGUAUGAAUGGCUACUUAGAAGUCUUCGGAGGAAACUUCAGUUGCACCCAGCAGAGCCAAAUGUUCAAGAUGCUAUUCGCGACCGAAUCCUGAAGACCCUCCCGUCAUCCCGAAGAGUCAGUCGAUAUGACCAGCCAACAGUAUACCAGGUAGUAUACCUUCUCAAAUGGGAUCCCGUAUCUUUCAUCGCAGAGCAGGAGUACGAUAUAAGUAAAGAAGGCUUCCUUGGGAAGAUAAUCACGAUUACAGGGACUAGUCAGGAUGCUCAAGCAAUGACUUGCUUGCAAUACCUCCAUCAGACAUGGCAUUCAUAUGGUGCCAAUAUCCUUCAGCUAGUCGAAGCUGCACUGGUUGAUGAGCGCGGCUAUGAACACAGAUGUACCCUCCCAGAUAAUACACAGCUCGCAGCUUGGGCAAAUGAAAAGGAGUUUCUCGUUGAAGUCACUGGGAUAGAGGGUUCAAUUGCAGAGAUUGGAGAGCAACUUGCCUGGCUAGGCUCUGUUCUCCGUUGCUCUCCCCACGACUCCAGGAUAUCGUACUGCACACCAUUCGUCAGCAACACUAGCGUUGAAGAAGCAUCAAUCCCGACUUCACAAACACCAACUCUCACACGAGUAUCAUGCACUAUUGAUUUCAAAGUUGACGAUCAGGAGCAAGCGAAUUCCCCGCCUUCCCUGGGACAAUGCUGGCACGACUUGUUCCGUUACCCGACAGUGGCGAUGGGCUUCCCAAUACCAUACCGCUCCAGAGAACAAACUGGCCUUGAAAUCCCGCUCAAUAUCUUGGCGGGUCUAGCCCAAGCAGAGCAAGUGGACAUCUUUAGUGAUAAACUAUUUAUCAAAGGAUUUUCUAGCUUAUUGAUCCCGACAAAGUACAUUCGGGAUCAGGAUCAGAUGAUAUGGCACCUACGAUAUAACGUUCAUGGAGAUCGCAUUUCGUAUCUGGAUGGCAUUGAGGCUCAUGUCGGACACAUCACACUGGCCGAUUUGGAGUCCAGCCGGCAUAUCCUUGGUUGGUGUUCAGACGCAAAAUGCUAUGCCGGAACGGCGGAUGCCAGUUAUUCAAUCAAUCGGUCCUGGUUGAGGCCACCAUCCUCUCGCUGCAGCUUAAACAACACUUUUAUCGCGGCAGGUAGAUUAAUUACAGGGGGUGAUCCAGCUAUAUAUGGCAACAAAGACUUACCGUAUCGACUAAUUCGGGACGAGUACAUUGAAAAGCUGUCGUGGAUUGCCAGGCAAUACGUGGUAAUGUGGGAUGCGGGAGGAAAACGAGGGUGGUUGGUGAAUGGGGCCUGCGCUCUAUUGCACCUUCUUAUUGCCUCGCUCCAUUUCAACAGGACUGGUCCACUCGGCUUUGCAUUCCACUUAACUCCUACCGAUAUCAAAGUCCCAGAGAACACAAUCACUCCCAGCUCUGCAAUGGAGGUUCUGUUGAACCCUGAUAACCUAUGUCUGACACUGUACCACGCGAAACAGAGCGAACCAAAUGAGGCAACUUUACCGACUGUACAGAUUAAAGACAGGGUCGAUCGUUUGUAUAGCAUGCUUGAGAAGAUCAUGGAUCAUCAAGCAGAGAUCAUGGGGACAGAGGGCGCAGCGUCUCGCAAAAUGGCCCGGGGAAUUCUGGAAGGGUGGGAUUUCAAGGAUUUGGCGACCCAGGAAGACCCGUUGUAUCCUCGGUUUUGUAAAUUGGGAACUAGAGGAAAGAGCUGGGUUGAGUUAACCAGAGAUGUUCGUGCGGCAGUGCUGUUUGGGACGGGGUUUGGUGAGAUCCUUCGCCCGGUUGAUAACGGCCAACUAUGCCCAUAUUGGAGCAGAAUGCCAGAAGGAAAGUCCUACCUUGCAGUCAGUGGGUAUGAUCUUGCAAACAUCAUCGAUCGGUUCGGAAAUCCACAUAGUAGCCCGGUCCGGCUGACCCGCAAUUUGAUAUGGUGCAAUUGCCUAGGCAAUGGUCCUCCAGCUUGCAAAUGCAUUGGAUGCCCGGAACAGACAGUUCAUUCCGAACUGGCACAAGUCGUCUUGCCCUCGCACUUUAGGAAGCGAAUACCGAAGCACAAUGCCGUUAGACCAAGCGGUUGGAGCCAUGGCGCGAUAUUAUUUGGCUACAACAGAGACUUGCGAUGGACCUGGAAUGACACUGGCUUCCCUGAACAAGAAGAUGUCUUGUCGUGUUCAGAUGAUGAUUCGGGGUCCGACUCAGACGACGACUUCCACGACUCAGGACUUGGAACAAUCUUGGCUCCUUCUGCCACUGCCAAUGGUCCCGGGCGAUUGCCUUUGUCAAGGUCCCCGCCUGAAGGAAUUACUCACGAGGACUACGAGGUAGGCAUUGUGUGUGCACUGUCUAAAGAACUUCUUGCCGUCCGCGCUUUGUUCGAUUCACCCCAUCCUGACCUCGAAAAAGACCGAAAUGAUCCUAACUGCUAUUGUCUCGGACGGAUGAAAGGAUUCAAUGUGGUUGCUGCCGGCCUUCCACACGAUGAUUAUGGCACGAAUUCCGCCACUAAUGUUGCUUCUCAUCUGAUCCGAACUUUCCCGCGUCUCAAGUUCUGUCUGGUCUUUGGAAUCGGAGGCGGAGUGCCUUCGGCAGCCCGCGAUAUACGUCUUGGUGAUGUUGUCGUCGGUACCGGCGUGAUCCAAGGCGAUAUGGGGAAAUGGAUCCAAAACUCUGAGUUUAAGAUGACAGCACAGAAGCAACAACCACCGCCCUAUCUACGAGCAGUCAUUACGAAAAUCCGGUCUAAUGGCUUCAUUUCCUUCGAGUCCGCUUCAAACCCGCUUCUUGACGAUCUUAGUUUGAUUGCCUCAAUGAAACCGGAAUACUCAUACCCAGGCGCAGGCAAAGACAUGCUAUUCGACCCAGGUGAUGUGCACGUUGAGACGGAACCAACUUGUGACAACUGCAUCGGCAGUCGACGGCCGAGGACUCGACAGCAUGACGGCCCAAACGUUUUCUACGGCCUCAUCGCAUCUGGUAACCAACUCGUUCGAGAUGCAAGAUACCGAGACCGCCUGGGCCAGGAAAAUGUGAUCUGUGUUGAGAUGGAGGCGGCAGGAGUCAUGAGAACCACCACCGACUGCCUCGUUAUUCGGGGAAUAUGCGAUUAUGCCGACUCACAUAAGAACGAUCAAUGGCAGGAAUAUGCCGCUGCCACGGCGGCUGCUUACGCCAAAUUUUUCCUGUCUCAUAUGCGCGAAGGCGUCCACGAAUUUGCCGUCAGAGUUCCAUCACGCUUGGAAGCGCCAACGGGGCCAGUACACUUGCAGAAGCAGAAGCGGGCUGCACCCUGUGCUGAAUAUGACCAGCAUAUGGUGCUCAAAAGAUCUCGAUGGCAAUGA